AUGAGUAUUGAGCCAAACCUCGAAAAUACUGCGUUACCGGGUCAUCUAGACAACCUUAUCGAGGUCUGCUUUGGUCCAAACGCAGAAGAAUUCGUGGCUUCGUCGGAAGCUCGACCACUCUUAUUGCCUUUCUCCAAACGACCCAAACCCUCACAACUCAGAGACCGACUCUCUGCCCUUUUUAGUCUCCAAGGGGCCGAUAGUCUCACCCCGACAGCGAUUCGAGCCGUCAACUUGACUUGGGAAAACUUUACGGAAGGUUCAGUCGCUCCCAACGAUUUCUUGCGCUCUCCCAUCGGUGCAGCAUAUCGCGUCACCAAUGUCUCUGGUAAAGGACGUGGCCUGAUCGCCACUCGAAAUAUUACGGUUGGCGAAAGAGUCCUAAUCGAGCACCCCGUCGUCGUGCUUGUGAAGGAUCAGAUGAACGCGCUCUGUUUCCUUACCCUUCCUAAACAAGCCAUCCACGCCCUACUACUUCUGCAUAACAACAUACCUGAUAACAAAGAGUACACCUCCCAUCUCGAUAUUCCUCAGCACCGUCUGCUGGACUACCUCAAGGGAGUUGCGACCUCAAAUGCUUUCGUCGCAACCCUGGACAACGGUGAAGAAGCGGGAGUUAUUCUUCUGGCCGGUUCUCUUUUCAACCAUUCGCAGCAGGCCAACGUGUAUUACUCCUUCGAGACAGACAAAAUGGUUUUCACAGCGAUACAACCAGUCAAUCAGGGGCAGGAAUUGACCGUUUGUUACAGUGGCUCGGCGGAGGAGCUCCAGAGUAACUACGGAAUCCCAUAG